UCCCACUCCGCUGACAUGGUGAAGUCAUACCUAGAGGAGACAUUACACCCCAAAUGCAUGCCGAUGUGUGUGUUCUCACUGCUAUAUUUAACUGUAUACAGCCCCACCUUUCUCCACCCGUCCCUGCCUGCACGAUCUGAUCCCAUCACUUCUAACAAGAGCUUGGCCAAGCACAGGUCACAUUACCCUGUCUGGCUCUCACACCUCUCCCUUAAAGGAUACAGGUACAACCGACAGGUACCACCUGAGACACCUACAGACACCUCCAAAGCACAGAGCACCAUGUCCCAGCACUCCUUCCUGACAGAGAGGGAAUGGAAGAUGCAGGUGGCUGCGAUUUGCAGAGAAGUUAAUGCCACUGAUGAGUUGGAAGCAGCCCUGGGGCGAAAGGUAAACGCUCCGAAGGACAUCAUGCUCGAAGAGCUGUCUUUAGCUUCUAACAGAGGCUCUCGCCUCUUCAAGAUGCGUCAGAAACGUUCUGAGAAAUACACCUUUGAGAGCAUCCAGAAUGAAGUUAACACUCAGAUCAAUAACCUUGUGAUCCCGCCUGGUAUCUCUGGUAUUGAAACCACAGAUCCGGAAAGCAGUGGUGAUGGUGUCCAAGUUGAUCACGCCGAAAAAUGUCAUCCAAACACACCCAACCCAUCUGCCAUGCCAUGUCUCGAUUGCAUAGCACCAGGUAAUGGCGGUCCAUUGAAGGUGAUCCCAACAGAGAAGUUCAACUGCACAGCUGUGCCCAAGUCCUACCAUUCGCCCUGGGAGCAGGCCCUCAUCAGUGAUCCUGCUCUAGCUGAAACACUGCAUGUACAAAUACCUGAACUGAAGGCCCAAUCCGAAAAACCAGAGUACAAGAGCUUCAACCGAGUGGCCACUCCGUUUGGCGGCUUUGGCAAAGUCCCUAAAGUCUCAGUUAAGUCCGUUAAGGAGGACAUCGUCCCAAGCAACCCCAGUCUUUCGCCUCUGGCACUUCCAGCUGUCCCUAUCCCCAUACGUCCCUCCUUCAACAGGACAGCAUUAGGGUGGGCGUCAGAAAGUGUCUCUCUGGUCCAUCCCGCUGUCACCCUGGAGCCCAUGCUAUCCAUGGUGUCCAAAUUUAUCCCUGAAUCUGAUGAGCUCUGAGUUUGCACUUCACAUAUGUGAAGUACUAGAGGAUGUGUAUGGCUCUUUACAGUGCCUCAUUGCCUGAUCACAACAUGCAGACAAUAACAUCAAUCCAUAUGUUUAGGUCCUUUUUGUAUUAAGUUAUUUAAUUGUUAUUUAAUUGCAAAUCUAAGUAACAUUUCUCUGUCAUAUAUGUAUCAUAAAAAUACACCAGGAGACCUCCUCACAUAUAUAGAUCUAUAGGCUUUUAAACUGCCUUGUAAAUUGCAGCCACACACCCCAUACACAACUGUAAAUAGGCAAGUUUAACAAGCUGUGAACUUAUCACUAUUUAUACACUGAAAAAAUGAAGAAAAUAAAUGACUAAAGGGUGUAGACAA